CGUUGCGUCGUAUUAAGUAUAACCCCGGCCCUACAGAGCAUAGACAUAGAAUUAGCCUACUAGACGCUGCAUGAUCAACAGCAUCGUACGUCAACGUCGCAGCUAUAUUGCGAGUGGAAUAAAGUAAAGGAUAAAGAUGCCUCACGCAUGUGCUGCUUGGGAUUGUGCAAAUCGCUGUACGCUCCAAACCAGAUCCCAGGGGAUUACAUUUCAUAGGUGUCUCAGGACCUGCCUUUCCUCCAUCCUAGUGAGACCAGUGUUCUGAAUCGUCUGUGCAAAUUGGGAACUGACUAUAUACGCUUUACUGAAUUCAUAGAGCAGCACACAGGACAUGUACAUCAGCAAGAACAUCAUGGUUCCCAGCAAAUUCAGUCAGGGCUACAUGGGAUUUACUUGAGAGCUUUUUGUACAGGACUUGACUCUAUGUUGCAGCCGUACCGUCAGGCCUUGUUGGACCUUGAGCAAGAGUUCCUUGCAGAUCCACAUCUCUCCAUCUCACAUGUUACUUACACACUUGAUCAGUUUCAGCUGCUUUUUCCAUCAGUGAUGGUGGUGGUGGACCACAUAAAAUCUCAAAAGAUACACGGAUGUCAGAUCCUAGAGACCGUUUACAAACAUAGCUGUGGAGGUCUCCCCCCAGUACGGAUGGCAUUGGAAAAGAUCCUUGCUGUUUGUCAUGGUGUAAUGUACAAACAGCUAGCUGCCUGGAUGUUGCAUGGAUUGUUACUGGACCAGAGUGAGGAAUUCUUUGUAAAGCAAGGCCCAAGUGCCGGAGGAGGAUCUGCUCCCCUUGAAGAGGAUGAUGAAGACCUGGGAAUUGGUGGCCUGACUGGAAAACAGCUAAGAGAACUACAGGACCUGCGCCUGAUUGAGGAAGAGAACAUGUUGGCCCCAUCUCUACAGCAGUUUUCCUUACGUGCAGAGAUGUUGCCUUCUUAUAUCCCAGUUCGUGUAGCUGAAAAAAUCCUGUUUGUGGGAGAAUCUGUCCAAAUGUUUGAAAAUCAGAAUCAAAACCCAUCUCGAUCUGGUUCUAUUCUCAAGCAUCAGGAGGAUUUGUUUGCUGCAGAGUUUAAUCAUCUUAAGCAGCAACCUCUUUUCAGUCUUGUUGAUUUUGAGAACCUAAUUGAUGGCAUCCGAAGCACAGUUGCAGAGCACUUAUGGACUCUAAUGGUUGAGGAAGCUGACCUUUUGGGCCAACUCAAGAUAAUUAAAGAUUUUUACCUGUUGGGGCGUGGAGAGCUCUUUCAAGUAUUUAUAGACCAUGCACAGCUGAUGCUGAAGACACCACCCACUGCUGUCACUGAACAUGAUGUAAAUGUGGCUUUCCAGCAGUCUGCUCACAAAGUGCUUUUGGAUGAUGAUAACCUGCUUCCCCUUCUUCAUCUUACCAUUGAUUAUCAAAGCAAAGAAACUAAAGAAGUUUCUGGGAGCAGAGAGAAUGUUACUCCUCCACGAGAUGUAUCACCACGGGACGUUCCACCCUCGGGCUGGGCUGCACUGGGUCUGACUUACAAGGUUCAGUGGCCUCUUCACAUUCUCUUUACACCAGCAGUGCUGGAAAAGUACAAUGUGGUAUUUAGGUACCUACUGAGUGUGCGCCGAGUGCAGUCAGAACUCCAACACUGCUGGGCUCUGCAAAUGCAGAGAAAGCAUUUAAAAUCAAAUCAAACAGAUGAAAUCAAAUGGAGGCUAAGAAAUCACAUGGCCUUUCUCGUGGACAACCUUCAAUACUAUCUUCAGGUAGAUGUCUUGGAGUCACAGUUCUCUCAGCUUCUUCAGCAAAUAAAUGCAACAAGAGAUUUUGAAAGUAUCAGACUGGCACAUGACCACUUCCUCAGCAACCUGCUGGCUCAGUCGUUCAUCCUGCUUAAACCUGUGUUUCACUGCUUGAAUGAGAUCCUGGAUCUGUGCCAUAACUUCUGCUCACUGGUUAGUCAAAACCUGGGUCCUCUGGACGAAAGAGGAGCUGCUCAGCUGGACAUCUUGGUGAAGGGCUUCAGCAGACAGUCCUCGCUGUUGUUUAAGAUCUUGUCCAGUGUCCGGAACCAUCAGAUCAAUUCUGAUCUGGCGCAGCUGCUUCUGCGCCUGGACUACAACAAAUACUAUACUCAGGCGGGAGGCACACUUGGGAGCUUUGGCCUGUGAUAUCCAAAUCAAAGGGGAUGAUGGUACUUACCACUGUGGAUGGAAGAGGGGAGACUCAACUUAAUAAAAUCUAAAAGACCCGUUAACCACAUCAGCUUCUUCUGUGUGAAAAAAGUGACACUUUCUUUGCUGUUCACCCAAGUAUGCCUUUUUAUGUUCAACAAAUAUUUAUAACAAUAAUGCUCAUAUUCAAUACAAUACAUAAACUGUAACAAGCACUGAAAGUUUGUAUUGAAAGGAUGAAGAAUUCCAACAGCAUGACAUUUGUCUUGAAUAUCUGGGUAUUU